AUAAGGUCUUAUUUUUCUUUGGUGAAACCUUACAUUAGAGAUCAGUCUUAGAGAAUCACCCCCCUCCUAUUUUGUCGCCACUUAUUACAGUAUAAAUACCAAAAAAACCAACAUAAACCAAUUUAUGAACGAAAAAAAUAAUAAACAUGCUAACACGCAGGCGCGCUGCCAUCACCAUCAGGCAAAAUGCCGGCCAUCUACAUCUACAAGUACAACAGAUUCGUCGACGGCGUCAUCGCCAGGAUCAACAAGAUGCUGGGCAAAUCCUACGAUCCGGUGCGCGUCAAACUCGACGCGCUCGAGUACAAAUCCAAGAAGACCACAGUCAAGGCGACCAACAAGAAUCACAAGAAGAAAGGGUCUAAAGGAAGCAAGAAGAGGAAGCAACAGCAGCAGCAGCCGCAGCAGCUGCAGAAGAAGAACAAGAUUGGGGAUAAUGAGAAGAAGAUCGAAGAGCCGAUGACCAAUAAAAUGGGGGAGAUGACCGUUGCCAGGGAGGAGAAUCGCAUCAAAAAUGAAGAAAACGCGUCCAGAGAAUCCUCCUUCGUCCUCAUCUCCAAGACGGGCCCAACGCUGAUAGAAGAAACGAAAAAUUUGACUUCUGAAUUACGAGCAGCGUCUACCAACAAGCAGAAAACGAAGAAGAAAACCACAUCAAGCGGAGGAGCAACAGCGGGAGGCGGACAAAAGAAGAAGAAGAAGAAUAAGAAGAACGGGACGCAAGUCUCCAGAGCGACGUUGUUCGGGCUGAGCACCAUCCGCAGGAACGGUGACGUCACUGUUAACGUGCUCAAGGAUCGCACGUUGCUCAAGUCCAAUUUCCUGAUGGGGCCCUUGACGUUGCGCGUCGAAAGAGAGACGGGAAAGGGAGCUAGAAGAGAAGUGAAGAGCGCCACAGCGACUACAGCCGAGAUGUUCGGAAGAUUGAAUAUGAAGAUAAUGCACGGUGGUUCGGCCACAUUGCAAACUAUACGGGUCCUCCAGCCGAAAUCGGUUCGAGUGGACAGCGCGGACAAUCACGACAAAACCAGGGAGUACGUAUGGAAAAGAAGCGCCAAUAUAGCAACAAUGGUAACCAGAAAAUUGGCCACAGUCGUCAAAUCACUAUUAAAACAGUAAAAUAGUCUCUUUUAGAGGAAGAAAAUUAUUCGAUAUAGAUAUCUUUUACCGAAUCAAUAGUAUUAUCUAAUGGUGAUAUAAUUUU